AUGAACUCUAUUGGUACUAAACUUGAAGAACUAGUUGAAAAGACUCACCAAGCUGCUUCUGACGAAGAACGCAAGACAUUUGCCCAUGAAGCAAGUGAACUUCAUAAGAAAAUUACAGGUCUACCUAUGAUCAUUGACGAUCAAGGUCAUAUUCAAACUAAUAAUGAAGAGGCAAAGAAGUGUCCUAAGCUUCAUUAA